AUGGAUGAUGGGCGGUAUGAACAAAGAGAGAGUUUACCAUCCAGUAGCAUUGAAAGUGACGCUUCCAGCUGCGUCAUAGGAAGCAAUGAUAAUAGCGAACAAGCAAGUGACAAAACAUCUGAUGAUGAGGAAGAUUUGAGAGAAGACUUACAAAAAACAAUUCCUGAAUGCUACAAAUCAGACUUUACAUCACACACUUCAAGUGACAUCACAAAUGAUGAAGAGUUCCAAGCAACUGCUCUUUGUCAAUUUAUGGAUAUUUUAAAUGAUUUAGAUGAGGUCUUAGACAAGUCUCUAUUAGCAUGCCUUGACGAUCCUCAAAACUUUGACAGUGAUGAAGAAGAUCUUAUAUGUAAGAUUAAAGGAUGUGUAGAUGAUAAUGAAAGGCCAUCAAGUAAUACUGCUAGCCAAAGUUCUAUGGAUGAUAAUACCCAAGUUGUCAUGGGGCCCUCUGUUGAUGAUCCAAAUUCAACAUUAGAUGAUACAGAAUUAGUACAGAAUCUAUUUGAGCAGCCUCUUCUUACAAGUUUCAGAAGGUCGAAAAGCUUUUCAGAAUUACCUCAAAACUCAAGAACACCAUUCUCACAACAUCUAGAGAGAGCUAACACAUUGAACGAAAACCUUCGAAAUUCAAUGAGGAGAUUGGAUCCCAUAGUUUUGCCAGCGAUUGAAACGGAGGAGCCUCCUUGUGAGCCUUUAACAUUACCCGUUAUUCUAUUUCUAGAGCAUCAUGUGAAUAUGAGGCCUACAAGUGCGCCAAUACAGUUACAAGUUACAGCAGCAAAUUUAAGUAGUAACAGAUCAUCAGGACCUUUGAUAGUGGGGCGACGUACUUUGCUCAUGAACCGUGCACUAUCUUUGCCUUCGCCGGGUGAUAGUGAUAUCACAGCCGUAGGUUGGACAGGCCGAAACACUGGUAGGAGUACAGCGAGAAGUGCUAGUACAACAUCCAGUUCUUCGAGUGAAUCUUUGGCUGGUAUGACAGCUAUUAAUCAAAAUGUAACUGGUCUUGGUGAUGAGAGAAAUGAUGAGAAUGAGGAGCCACCCUUUGGUGUUUGGCCCCAUCGUAUGAGUUCAAUGCUGGCUUGCCUCAGUUGUACUGUAGGAAUAUUCAAUAUAUCUAGAUUUGCCAUCUUCAGUGUACAUUACGGCGCCAGCUUCAUACUGCAGUUUUUCAUACUGUCCCUGUUCUCCGGAAUACCCCUGUUCACGUUGCACUUGUGCCUGGGCAAAGUGCUGGAGUCCGGGCCCGUGGACAUGUGGCGCAUAUCGCCGAUAUUCCAGGGCGUCGGCAUCGCCCUGCUAAUCACGCAGGCGGUCAUCGGCAUGUACAGCAUAAUCGGGCUCUCCUGGAUAUUCGUCUACUUCCGGGACUCGUUCAUAACCGCCGACGACAAGUACAAGUGGGCCUUGCCGCACGAUUACAACUUGGACGACGCGAGCCUAAAGAACGCGUCCGUAAGAAUCCAGGAGACCAUACCGCAGUACUUCCACGGCGAAGUGCUGCAAAGGAACCCGGGAUCGGGAAACCACUUCGGCACGAUCAAGUUCCAGGUCGCAUUCAACCUGGCGGUGGUCUGGAUGAUCGUGUUCGUCGCUCUGAGCAAAGGGCUGCGCUCUUAUGGCAAGGCGGUCUACAUGCUGAUUUUCCUGCCGAUAUGCGGUACGCUAGUACUAUGCACGAAGCUUCUUACACUCAUCCCAUACGACACGGUGACGAACAUAUUCUCGGAGACCGAAUGGAGCGAGUUCUUCAUCAAUAGCAAUAGCUGGGCGGCGGCUGCCCAGGAGACCUUCCUCACUUGGGGUCUGCUCGGUGCCUGCGCUAUGCAGCUGACCUCGCACAGGGAUAAGAGCGGGGGGGCCCAAAAGACCCUGCAACGCGACAGCGCCUGCGUCAUCGCGUUCACCUUCGCGGUACUACUGCUCGCCUCGUUCCUGGCCAACACCUGCGUCCAGAUACUCAAGAGCCACGGUUACGCUUUCCUGCCGAGCAGCUUCGAGACGAUAAAGUCAUCGCAAUUCCUGUGGCCCACCGGCGAGCCGUUGCCGGGCGGGGCGGCAUCGACGCCCGUGCGCUACAUGGGUCACUACGGCAGUCUCGUCGGCGUGACGGUGUGGCGGAGCGGCAACGCCGCGCGCCUCUACAGCGGCUGGCAGCCGUUGCAGCUCGCGACACAAAUCGUUCCCGCCACGCUAGCGGUGCUGCCGGCCAACGUCUUGUCGCCAGCGUGGGCGGUGAUAUUCUUCUUCAUCCUGAUAAUGUUCGGCAUAGCGCAGCAGCUGGCGAUAUGGCACUGCGUAAUAGCCGGCAUAAUGGCCAUCAACUCUGAGGCUCUGAGGGUAUGGGAGACCACCAUCACAUUCUUCAGCUGCGUCUUCGGGCUAACCGUAGGCCUGCUGCUCACAACCGACGCGGGCGUGCGCGUGGUGCACUUCGUGGACAGCGCGUGGGUGGGCUCGUGGUGGCAGUGCGCGGUGCACGUGGCGCUGGCGGUGGGCGUGUUCGUGGUGCGCGGGCGGCCGUACUCGGCGGACGCGGUGGCGGGCGCCGUGCUGGCGGCGCGGGGCCGGCUCGCCGCCGCGGCCGCCGCGCUGCUCGCCUUCACGUGGAGCGUGCUGCUGCCGGUGCUGCUAUGCGCAAUCUGCGUGAUGGAUUUUCGUAUUGGUCAGCAACGUCAGCUGUAUACUUGGAGGAAGCCUACUGGCUACUGGCCUAUAUGGGCGAGGCAGGUAGCGGUCCUGAUGCAGCAGGGUGCACUUCUGGUAGUACCCAUAGCGGCCUUCGUACAAACGUGGCGGUACAUGAACAAAGGCCCUCCGGACAUACUUGAGCGGGUCCAGAACCUGUACCGUCCGCGGAUGGGCGGCGAGGGGGCGCCCCGCGACGAGGCCGCCGCUCGCCCCCCCCGCCGCCGCCCCCGCCGCCCCCGACCCGCCCCCCAAGUACACGCCGCCGCCCUCCUACUCGACGGCGACGGGCGCCCGGCUGCUCAGCACGCUGCGCCGCAGCUUCCGCACGCUACGCAGGCAAGGAAACGGGCGCCAUCUCUUGCUGCAGUCGGGGAAACUCAAUAUUUUCUUUUUAUCGAUCCGGUAAGGGCGGCGAUGCGACAACACGCCGUUGCCGCUCUUACCCGUCUCUGUGUGGAAGUGCCGGAAACGGGAACUAUCGGCAGGAUGGCAACGCGCGCUGAGCCGGAGGACGCGGCGCAGCUGCCGAUCUCGCUGAGCGAGGGCGUGGAGCGCGCGGAGGCGAGCGGCGGCGGCCUCGCGCGUGCUGCGCCCUCGCUGUCGGUGGCGAGCGAGACGGGCGGCAGGCGGGGGGCGUCCGUCUCGCUCUCGCUCUCGCGCUCGCUCCUCAGGCGCUCGUUCGUGCGCAAGAGCGACUCCGCUAAGAGCGUCCGCUCCAGCCUGCGCAGGAGCUUCAGGUACGGCGGCGCAUUGGGGCUGACCACCAGCCACGAGCAGCUGGUGAGAGACGCGGAGCCAAUCUCCAACACGGUGGCGAUGUCCACCGUAGCCAGGGACCCGCCCCCCACUCUGCACACGCGAAGCCUCGGCUCGGUCAUU